AUGAGCUACGAUCCAAUUCAUGAUACUUAUGUACCUUCAAAAGAAUCAAGCUCAUUGACAUCUACAAACGACUCACUGAAGAGUCAAAAUAUAAAUAAUAUAAUAGAUUCCAAUGUUUCAGGUAAUGUAUUUGAUGUUAAUCAUGGUGGUAGUGCUUUAUCUAUAUCUCAUUUAGUUUCAAGUCAACAACAAGAACCUUCAUUAAUGGUACCACCUAAAAUAAAUACAAUUUCAAGUCUAAUUAACACUCCACCUGAAAUUAAUGAAGAUGAAAAUGAUAAUGAUGAUGAUUAUAACGAUGAAACAGAUGUAAAUUCAACUAUAUUAGGAGAUGAUGAUGAAUAUACAUCAACACCACCUCCAAAAAACAAAGAAAAGAAGGAAAAAAAGCCAACUAAUAGAAGAGGCAAAAAGAAGAAUAAUAUAGCAAAUGCAAAAUUAUCAUUAAAAAAAUCGGAUGGUGAACCAUUUUGGAGAAAAGAUAUCCAAUAUGAUUUUUUGAGUGCUUUAUUUGAUGAUCCUACUCCUUGUUUUACUAAUGUUUUUCCACAUUCAAGUAUAACUAAUUGUAAUGAUAAUCCUAAAAUUUCAUUUGGUGAAUUAUACGUAAGGACAUUAGCUGAAUCUAACAAAUGUAGUCGAGUUUUGAAAGAAAAAUUAAUUAGAGAUUUUGAAUUAGGUAAAGCUGUAUCUAUGGUUUGUAUAUUAGUCAAUGUUGGAAGAAUGAACACCACCAUAAAUUUUGUACCUGAGAUGAAAUCAACCUUACGUACUUUUCAUUCCAUCCCAUCAUUACAAACUGGUCCUGAGGGAGGUACAGUUAAACAAUUACAAGACACUCCAAGAUUAAAAAGUAUAUUGAAAGCAGUAUGUGAAGGUGAAGAAAAUAAUUUGGGAUUAUUGGAUGAAUUAAUGAAAAAUCCACCAGCUAAAAAACCGAACACAAAUUUAAUUCAAUUGUUAUUUUUAUUAAGUAAUUCAGUUAAUGAUAUUCCAUAUAUGAAUAAUGAUCCAAAUUGUUCACACUUAUUACAUUUAUUCGUCGAUGAUAGAUAUGAUCCAAAAAAUAGAGCUCAAAGAUUAUUGUGGUUAUUAUACACUUAUUUAGAAACAAGUUUUACAGUUGAAGAACUUGCUCAAAAUCCAUUUGGUGCAAAUCAAAUCCCACCACCAAUUUUAAUACCCCAAGAUCAAUUGGAAUCAUUUGAUAAAGAUCCAGUUUAUGAAAUUGUGUAUGCUGAUGAAAUGUAUAAAUUAAGAAUGCAACAUUUGGCAGGUGAUAAUGAUGCAGAAAAAGAAACCACACAAUAUACAAAUAAAAAAGAAUCAAAGAAAAGAGAAAGAGAAAAAGAUCAUGAAGAUGGUAGAUUUCAAUUCACGGAAUCUGAAACUAUAGAAGAAAAGAAGAAGAAAAUUAAACCACAUCAAUUGGAAUUUGAACAAUUACAAAAACAAUUCCAUCAACAACUACAAAAGGAAAAACAACAAGAGAAUAAACAACAAGAAACAAUACAAGUACAACAACCAAUUAAUAAAAAAGUCAAAAAGAAUAAUCCAAACGUUGCAUCACCAUUAUCUAGAAAUGUAAUAAAUAGAAGCGAAGAAGAAAAUCAAAGGGAAUUAAAAGGUAUUAAAUUUCCAAUUGAGAAUCUUGCAAUCAUUAAAAAAGAAUUCAAUGGUCCAAUUAGGGCACAUCAAUCGACUCCAGAUUCAUCAGAAUCAGUUUCACAUCGUUGUGAAUUAGUUGAAUUGUCAAAACAUACAAUACAUGAAGUACGUACUUCUUCAAAAGCAAGUACAGCUUCAUUUAAUAAGAAAACUACAAUUUUGGGAAAUUGGUUAUAUCGUUACUUUAGGUAUAAGAAAUCAAUAGGGAAUAAAUUACUCGGUAUGGAAUGGGAAGAUAUUCGAUAUGAAUUAAUUAAAAAUGUUGAAGGUUAUAUGUAUGAAAAUUUUGGAAAGUCAUUAAUUGAUGAAUUUGAUGAUUUACAAUUUGAUUAUUUUGUAUUGGGAGAUUAUGAUAAAGCAAAUGAAAAGAAGCUGUAUAUUUUACAAUUGAUUACUUUUUUAAAUGAAUGGUUUAUAAGUAGAUUAGAAAAGAAAUUUGAAAGAGGAAUACCUAGAUCUUAUAUUUCAUUUGAUUUAGAAAAUGAAACUGUGAGUAUAUAG